AUGAGAACACUCACCGUCCUCCUCGCUGCCCUUCUCUUGCUGACCUUCCAGGCCCAGGCUGAUCCUCUCCCAGGAGCAGCUGAGGAGACCCCAGAUGAGGAGCAGCCAGGUGACGAGGACCAGGAUAUGGACAUCUCCUUUGGAGAUCCUGAAAGCUCUGCCCUUCAACAUAGAAGUAACAAAGACUUAAUCUGCCACUGCAGAAGACGCUGCUUUAGUUAUGAGGUUGUCAAUGUGAUCUGCACCGGAAGGCCAAAGGGUUUUGUACUCUGCUGCAGCCGAAGAAGGCCAGGCAGAACAUCACCGAGUAACUGA